GUGUUUGCUCAUUUCUUUUCGCUCAAUUUCACUAAUUUCCUGUGCUGACGUACAGUUGAAAUGGCUUCGGCACAAGCUCAACUCCAGAGGUGUUUACAUAACCGCCGGUCUACUAUUAAUUAUUUCUCGAAGGGUGCAGACAACAACAAAACAUUCCCGUUUUCUCAGGAGCAAACGAUCAAAGCAUGGAGCUCGCUGGAGGAUCUCGACAGUCCUGGUAUCGAAGCAGAGUGUCCAAAAGCUGAGGACAGACCUCAGCUGCAGCAGAGCAUCAGGGUUAACAUCGGAGGGAAAGUUUUUCACAUCCCCACACAGUGUGUCAUCAAAUACCCUAAUACCCGCAUCGGGUCCUUGGCUCUAUGCUUAGACCGAGCAAAACUCUGCACACUGUGCGACGACUACUCCGUACGCAAGAACGAGUUCUUCUUCGAUCGGGACCCUGCCUUCUUCCACCACAUCUGCCAUUUCUACACAAGUGGAGUGCUGUGGGUCAUACAGGAAAUGUGCCCAAUCAACUUUGAGGAGGAAAUGACCUACUGGGGUCUGAGCCUGAAGGACACUCAGCGCUGCUGCUGGAUGAUGUUUGAGGAGAAGGUGGAUGAGGUGAAGGACUACCUGAAGGUGGACAAGGAGCUGAUGGCUGAGAUUGAGGUUAAGUACAACGAUGAGUCUUUCAGGGACAUGAUGUUUGGGGAUGUGAGGAAGACUCUGUGGAACAUUGUAGAGGAUCCGUACUCUUCAAAUCUGGCGAAGGCUUUCAACGUGCUCUCCAAUGUUUUUGUGCUCCUCUCUAUCGUGGCGAUGGCUCUCAACACUGUGGAGGAAAUUCAAAAGUAUACGAUUAAUGGCAAAACACACAUGGAAUGGGUGGAGAUCAUCACCAUUGUCUUCUUUACCUUUGAAUGUUUAUUUCGCCUUGUAAGCACUCCAGACAUCACAAUGUUUUUGAAGAGUGGACUUAACUUUGUGGACAUGGUGGCGGUGAUGCCUUAUCUCUUCCAGAUCGUCUUCGCAGCCUUCACUAACUACGCAGAUGCGGGCGCACAGGAGGAGGUCAGGGCUGUGGCUCGAGUCAGCAGACUCAGCCACGUCCUCAAAGUGGUCAAGCUACUGAGGGUCUUUCGGAUCUUAAAGUUGGCUCGACACUCAACGGGCAUGAGAGCGUUUGGGUUCACUCUGCGGCAGUGUUACCAGCAGGCCUCUUGCAUUUUCCUCUUUAUCGCCAUGGGGAUCUUAACUUUCUCUGCUCUUCUGCAUUCAGCCGAAAGGGAGACUGAGGGAUCUCCCAUCAGCAGUAUCCCAUACGCCUGGUGGUGGGCUGCAGUCAGCAUCUCGACUGUGGGCUACGGGGACGUGGUUCCUGAGACCGUCCUGGGCCGUAUCGUGGCCUUCGGCUGCAUCUCCUUCGGGAUCAUCCUGAAUGGCAUGCCUAUCUCCUUGCUCUUUAACAAGUUCUCUGAUUACUAUGCCAAGCUCAAGUCCCAGGAGUACAACACCAGCUUAGUGAAGCGACACUUUCAUCUUAAGGAGCGCCUCCGACACAAAAUGGACACGUGUUUCCAUCACUCCGUGGAGGACGGCAAUAUUUAGACUGCUGCUGCGGGUGUCCACGGGCGGCUGUGGCUGAGGGGUAGAGUGGUCAUCCUCCAACCUGAAGGUCGGCAGUUUGAUCCCCAGUCUGACCCAUCUGCAUGCCGAAGUGUCCUUAGGCAAGAUGCUGAACCCCGGAUGGCCCCCCAUAGAAUAACAAAG